CGAUCGGUUGUGUUUUUGCGUGCGUUAAGAUCAACUACAUUCAGGGCAAUUGCGCGUUUCGAUCGUGAUCUUGGAGUUAAACAGUUAAAAGUGUGCAAGUAAGCAAAAGUUAAUUCUUCUUUCGUGAUCAAAAGUAAUUUGAUGAAGAACUCCGUUUUGUGGAGUGAGUUUUUUGUGACUAGUGCCUUGUGAUAGAGCAAAGUUGACUGAAAAAAUGAAUUUGGGUAACGUUGAAAUAUUCGGCAACAUCGAUACCUCCGGAAUGUUGUCGUCUUCCCAAUCCGACGGUUUAGGAGCACUGGUAGGACUGAGUACCGCGGACUUCUUUCAAACGGAUGGCAUGCCGACCGACGAUUGCAACAUUUUUAAAUGGGAGCCGAACUCAAACUUCUUGCCAAAUAUGUGUCCAGAGGAUGCCAAUUGUUUUGAUACAAAAUCAUCACCGAAUUUUCUAGCAAACACAUACUACGGCGACCAUGUUACUAAGGCACCGUCACUAGAUGAGUUCAACCAUGAGGCCUACAAUUUGAACGUUAGUAUGUUGGGAGCAGCAGGGGAAGGGUCAGGGUCUAACUGUGGGCCCAAUUACUAUUAUUCUACGGAGCUGCAGAAACUGUUCGUGAAGAAGAAGCAUUCCUUUACCGUGGAUGUAUCAUACAGCAACGUCUCAAACGAACGGCUCUUUUUGCGUGUUAUGCUGUUAUGCUCGGCUCCGCACGAAAAACAUCGAACAAUCUCUCGGUGCCCUCACGAUAUGUCCACGGACUCAGUGAGCCAAAAUGUACACGAGCAUGUUGUGCGUUGCCAAGACCCAUCGCCCCUCUAUGUGGGCAAAACAGGCGGUAGUGCAUUCCAAGAUCGCUUGGCCGUGAUCAUCAGUCUCAGCGGCACUGGUCAUGGUUUAAGCGUUCCCGUUUCUUUAGAGUUCCACUGCCAGAAUUCUUGUCCAACCAUUGGAAGGCGCGCUACUGCACUGGUCUUUACGUUGGAAAAUGAUCGAUGCGAUAUCUACGGACGAAAGACGAUGAACGUAAAGAUCUGCAGCUGCCCAAAGCGAGACAAAGAUAAAGAAGAGAAAAACCGAACUGGCACCAAACGUAAAAAUGCCACCGAGUCGGUUGUUGACGAACAGCCACCACGAAAGUUAACGCGCCAAUCAAGCGUCACGUCUUCGCGUGAUAAACCUACUGGCACAAGCCAGUGUAAUUCUCCGGUGCCAACGUCCUCCACGGCGGCAAUGACUCGUAUCAAGAAGGAAAACGAGGGAUCACUUUCCCGCACAAGUAGCAACCUAUCGACAAGUUCCUCCUUUUUGGAGAAUGAUGCUGCUAGCGUUACACUGAACUUACGAUUGCCGAACAUUGCUAUGGCUGUCGAUGUGGCGGAAUAUGCAUUCAUGAAGGUGGCCGCUUACUUGGUUCGCUGCAAAAACGACGUGGACGAAUACACUCGGUACAGCAACUAUCUCUCCCACUAUCGCCGUGUAAAGAGUAAGUACGCUCAGAAGUAAUAGGAUGUGAUUCGUCAUUCUAUUUUAAUACUUCUAGCUUUUUCAUUUUAUCAACUGUUUAAUUUUAUGAAUUCGAUUUACACGGUCCAGUUUUCUAACUCCGCUUGGGGUUAGGAAAUAUUAUUUUUAAGUUUUUUCAAUAUUCCACCACGACGAUUCCUCGUUUCAUUUGUCCAACUUAUCCUCAAAACAGUUCCAAACGGGAUCCAUACUUAUCUGAAUCUGUGGGUUGAUACGUUUUUGUUCAUAUUUAGAAAGUAGUAACGCCUUUGGUAAAGGCCCACAUGCCAUUCGAGACCGUGGGUCGGACUGAUCGCUAGAUGGAACUGUAUAGUACAAAUGAACACGACGAAGAAAACAUAAUCAAAACAAUGUAAAAUAAUUGCAAUGCAAAUGGAUUUCUCUGAACUCUGCAAGUCGAAAAAAGGCAAGAUGCCAAAGACUGAUAUGAAAAGAGCAAAAUAAGUGCCAAAAGAAAAAAUAUGAAAUCAAUGCCAAAAAAUAAAUCGGCAUAAAAGAGCCAAAAGCAUAUAUAUGGCCACAAGAAAGGAAAAAAAAAUUAAAAAAGAAAAUCAAAACAAAAUUGGCAAAAAA